AGGAUGGGGGCUGCGCCCACCCGUGUUUUCGUUUUCCCUCCCACUCGUAUCUGGCCUCUAUCUCAGCCCCUGCGCCACCGCCCGACGGCAGCCCUGCAGCGCGCGAUCAUGGCCGCCACCGAUCUCGUCCUCCGCUUCGUCUACCCGGACAACGCCAAUGCCGACUUCCGCACCGUCAAUAUACACCAGGCCGUCGAGGGGUCCGACACCCUCAUCGAGCUGUACAAGUUCCACCACCCUAACACCGGGGUCAACACCGGUCUCACGACGUUCCAGCGGAAGAACUUCGAGACGCAGCUAUGGGAGAACGCAGGGCAGAUAGAGUGGAACUCGAAUACUAGCGGCGCCGUGUACUUCGGCGUCGAGCGGAUAUCGAUCCGGGAGCUGCGCAAGGCGAAGAAACCGUCGAGCAAAUCCCGGCGAUUUAAGGUGAACAGCUCAGAGUAUAAGUGGAAGAUUGCGGAGAACGGCGCGGAUUUGAUUUGCGUGAGCGAUAAUCUCACGAAUCGCGGGAAGACGAUCGCGAUGUGGACGCAGGAGGCGCUCAUCCUGCGCGUGGCGGAACGCGCCGAGGGCUUUCUCGACAGGGUCGUCGUGACCUGCGUGCUGAACCUAUGGUUCAAGCGCCUGAACCUGUGGUAGAACGCCCAGAUCGAUCUGUGUCAGUCGGCUGGAGAGGGGCCAGAAGGCUAGCGGCCUCCGAAGAAGGGAAGGAGAAGGAGACGCAUCGGCAGCUAGGAUGACCGCCGGGGGCCCGACGGAUCGAGGUGGGACGAUGAGAUCGUCGAAGACGACUGGACCGCUGCUUUCUUUUCCUUUGCAUGCUUUACCGCUUUCAUCGUAGUUUGUAUACCAUAGUGUACACAUGAUCAAACCUAAUGCACAUUAUGACGUUGUCAC